GCCCAUAUCCAACGGUCCGUAUUUGGAUCAGUUCCUCCAAGAUGGGUCAACCCAUGAGGUCUAACUUUUCGCGUGCGCGGAUGCAGAAGUGCCGGUCGCCAGAGCUCCGUUGACCGCCGCGUCAGCUCAGACCGCGGGGCCGUAAACCAGAAGGAAACCAAAUACUAUUUGGGUCUUUCUGAAGUUUCUUUUUACUUCCCUUGCAUAAAACGAAACGCGUUCCUCAUUCGCAUCUCCUUCUUCAUCCAGGAUUCCUGAUCACCUCCUAAUUCCUCUGUACGGAUCACUUGGGUGAAAGAACUUCUCUGCGAAUUUUCAUCACUUUUCAACUCAAAUCUUUGCUUGAUUUUCCAUAUGGCCACGAUCGGUCACAACAAUCUCAAUGCAAAACUUGUUCUGCUCGGUGACAUGGGAGCUGGAAAAUCGAGUCUCGUCUUGCGCUUCGUCAAGGGCCAGUUCCUCGAAUUUCAGGAAUCGACGAUUGGAGCAGCAUUCUUCUCCCAGACGCUAGCAGUGAAUGAUGCGACUGUGAAGUUUGAAAUAUGGGACACAGCUGGGCAGGAGAGAUAUCAUAGUUUGGCACCCAUGUACUACAGAGGGGCUGCUGCUGCCAUCAUCGUUUAUGACAUUACUAGCACUGAUUCGUUUGAGCGGGCAAAGAAGUGGGUGCAAGAACUUCAGAAGCAAGGUAAUCCUAACAUGGUUAUGGCCCUUGCUGGAAACAAAGCUGAUUUGGAAGAAAAAAGGAAAGUGGCCGCUGAAGAGGCACGUGCAUAUGCCCAGGAGAAUGGUCUGUUCUUCAUGGAGACUUCUGCCAAAACUGCCAUCAAUGUCAAUGACACAUUUUAUGAAAUAGCUAAAAGAUUGCCCCGAGCUCAGCCACCUCAGAAUCCAGCUGGCAUGGUUCUUGUGGACAGACCUGCAGAGAGAUCUCAAUCUGCUUGCUGUUAUUAGGAAUUAUGCUGUCAUUGCCUGGCUCCAACCCCGUGGUUGGGAAGUGUGAAGAACUUUCUGGGCGGUUGAUUGUUAAUUGCUUGGCUAAUAUUAAGGGUUCCAAUCUAACUUUUCGCCUACUGAGAAUACUUCUUUUGCUACAUACUGUUACUGUGAACGAAUUUACGGUGGACAAGCUUCAUGUGUAGAAAUUGUAAUGUGUUAAUUUGUAUAUAGAACUUAUGGAUGCCUAUCAUCAAUGUAUACUCGAGCAGCUGGCAGACUUACCCCGCCCCCCACAAUACAAAUCCUGCCACUCCCCUUUACCCCUAUCUUCCUUUUCCCACCAGGAACAAAGGGGAAAAAAUUGUAUUGAACAAGGGUAACAAAAGACCUGUUAAAUGCAUAGGCGAUUAAUAAUUGCAAAUCCAAAAA